UGUUUAGAUGUUAUAAGCAACCUCAGAUACAAGAGCUAUUUUUAAAAACAAAAAUGCCUCUAAUUGUGAUGGUAGGUUUACCAUGUUCAGGUAAAUCAUAUUGGUCUCAAAAACUUCAAAAUUACUUCAACGAGAUUGGUUGUCAAACAAUUAUUAUAUCUGACAAUGAUUAUAUAGACAAUGUUAACCAUAUUUACUCAGAUUCAAAUAGGGAAAAGGAAAUUCGGGGACAAUUGAAAUCGGGCGUGCAAAGGCAUCUAAACAAAGAAAAAGUAGUCAUUCUGGAUUCUUCAAAUUACAUCAAAGGUUUUCGCUAUGAAUUAUUUUGUUUAGCCAAGGAACAAGCUACAACUUAUUGUGUGGUUGAAUGUGCUAAUCACAAGGAUAAGUUAAAGACAAUUAAUGAAGCACGGCAGAAUGGAAAACGUUAUGAUGAUAAAAUAUUCAAUGAAUUGUUUCUCCGAUAUGAGGCUCCUGAUUCUCAAAAUCGAUGGGAUUCACCAUAUUUUGUAUUUUCCAAUUUAUUGGAAGCAUCAUUCGAUGAUAUAAAAUCAGCUAUUAUUGAUAAGAAGCCACUGAAGCCAAAUCAGUCUACACAAUCACAACCUUUAUCAGAGGCAAACUUCUUGUACCAAUUGGACUCUCAGACAAAAGAAAUCGUUGAUUUUAUUAAUAAAGCACAAAAAGGCGGGCCGAUGUAUUCAAUGAAAAUUCCUGGUGAAAAAGAUGUUGUUAAAUUAAACCGAAUCUUACCUCCACCUGAACUGAAUAGAUUAAGAAGAUCUUUUAUUGGAUACGUCAAAAUGCAUCCAAUUGAAAAAGUGGAAGAGAUAAAGGCAACAUUCAUUCAAUAUCUCAAUUCUGUUGUUGCCAAUUAGAAAUUUUUCAAAUUGAAUAAAAUUUUGUAACAAAAUUUUUGUUGA